CAGUAGCUCAUUUAAACCUACACCAUAUUAACCAUCACCCAGCCACAGAGACUUGUACAUCUUUAAGUGUGGUGAGGUUUGUAUGUUGGUAGUGUCUCAGAAUGCACAGGAGCAUGCUUUCAUCGUGUGUGUUAGUGACCAUCCAGGGACUGAUGCUGGUGACUUCAGCGCGUGGCCAACAAAUGACAGAGGAGCCGUGCUCUGUCCAGAUCCUUGUCCCCGGAUUGAAAGGAGAGGCAGGAGAGAAGGGAGAGAAAGGAGCCCCAGGGAGGCCAGGAAGAGUGGGUCCCCCUGGAGAGACCGGUGCUCCAGGAAUCAAAGGACAGAAGGGCCUCAUGGGUCGAUAUGGGAAGAUGGGUCCUCCUGGAUACAAGGGUGAGAAGGGAGACAUGGGAGAUCCAGGUCCAAAAGGUCCUGAUGGAGACUCCGGACUCCCCUGUGAGUGUGCACCAUUACGGAAGAUGAUUGGUGAAAUGGACAAUCAAGUGGCGCAAUUAACCAAUGAGUUGAAGUUCAUCAAAAAUGCCCUGCCCUCCCCUGCAGCUGUCGCUGGCAUCAAAGAGGUAGACGGUAAGGUCUACCUUCUGGUCAAGGAGGCCAAGCGUUACCUAGAUGCUGAGGCCUACUGUCAGGGGAGGGGCGGACAUCUGGCCAUGCCCAAGGACGAACGGGCCAACGUGGCCGUCGCAGCGUACAUCACGGAAGCGGGCCUCGGCAGGGCGUUUAUCGGCCUCAAUGACUUGGAGCGCGAGGGCCAUUUCGUGUACGUGGAGCGGUCUCCCAUGAGCACUUUCAGCAAGUGGCGGGAAGGCGAGCCAAACAAUGCCUACGAGGACGAGGACUGUGUGGAGAUGGUGGCUGCAGGGGAGUGGAUAGAUGUGGCCUGUCACCUCACUAUGUACUUUGUGUGUGAAUUUGACAAAGACAAUGUCAUGCAGUAGGAAAGGUAGGUGAACAGAUGGGUGGACACUUCUCUUUUUCUCUUUGUUGUUUUUACUGCCUUUUCAUUGAUUGCUCCUCACAGAAGCCUACAGAUCCCCAGAGAAAUCACUGAGUGUAGAGUAUCAAUAGAUGUUAGUCAAUCAAGUUUGAAUGUCAAUGGAUGAAAUGUUUAAGAGAAAAUGCAUCAUUAAUGAGAGUUAUAAUAUUGCCAUAUUCAUUUAUGUCACAGCUGUGUACUGUAGUUAUUAUGAGAGUUGCUGAAAAGCUAAGUGGAUUAUUUGCUUUGAUGUCAUUGGUAUGAAUAAGAAACUAAAAUAUUCAAAUAUAUUUUAAAACAAGGUUGUUAUUUAGUAUUUGGUAAACAUGAAAGAUGUAAUUAUUUUGCUAUCAUUUGUAUCUAAUAACUUUUUAAAUAUUAUUUUUUUAUCUUCAUCACUUCCACCAAAACAUGUUCAACUGUAAAUCCCCCACCUUGGAAUAUUGACCCACUACAGACUAAUUAUAUAAUUUAAGAUUAUGUGUAAAACUGUUGUUGAUGACAUCAUUUU